UAGUAUAGUAUAAAAAUGACAACUGGUGUCCAUUUGAGGUCAGAUACAAAUACAACAACAAACAUCACAACACGAAACAGCAACAACAACACUAACAUAGACAUGAUCAUGUCCUCCUCAAACACGAACAGCAAUGAGAACCUAAACUCCCCCUCAGCCCCCUCCCCCUCCUCCCAACACCAGGCCACAGCAGGUGCAAUGAACAACAACAGCAGUAACAGUGCGAGCCAUAGUCCCCCCUCCAAUAUACCAGGUGCUUUAUCAUCCUCCAACUCCGCCAACGGUCCCACCUCGGACGAUUCUCUGCGCCAUCCCCUGGAGAAUGUAUGGGUGUUGUGGUUCCUGCAGGGUGGGGGUCAGAGUGCCAAUGGGAAGUGGGAGGACAACCUGAAGAUAGUGCACAAGUUCUCCACCGUCGAGGACUUCUGGUCACUCUUCAACCACAUCAAGCCAGCUUCACAACUCGCUAAAGGCUGUGACUACUGCCUGUUCAAGGAGGGCAUCAUCCCCAAGUGGGAGGACGAGCACAACAGGACGGGGGGCAGGUGGGUGAUGCCCAUUCCCAAGAACCUCAAGGAGGAGGUGGACAAGUACUGGCUCGAGACACUCCUCUGUCUCAUCGGGGAGGCGUUUGAGGAUGAGGCGGGGUUGCUGGUGAAUGGGUGUGUGGUCAGUGUGCGGCCUAGGGGGGACCGAGUGUCGAUCUGGGUGGGACACAAGACAGAGGAACUACUAGUCACCCAGAUAGGAAGGAAAAUCAAAGAACGUCUGAAGCUGAAGCAAUCCACAGUGCUCAACUUCCAGGCGCAUGACGAUGCAAUCACGAGAAACAACAGUGUAACCAAGAACAUGUAUCAAGUAUAACUGACGAAGAGGAGAGAAAAACAACCGAACAGGACAGAACAGAACAGACGAGAACAACAGAAACAGAAAAAAAGGCAAAGAGAAUAAUAGCUAAACCCCUUCGCUUUCACUGCAACACAGCUACCAACCACGCAACAACAAAACGCCACUCCCAUUAAUACUACAACUCAACUCAAAUACACUUCAACGCUCAACAAACAAACUUCUUGAAAUGAAAUAGUAGUAUUAUCAACAGACACGACAACAGCUCAAAUAUCCUGACAUGAGAAACGAAUAAAAUACAUUCGACUAAACUGGACGAAACUAGACAGACAUAUUUUAAAUCUCUACUGCUGCAGUUAAUUGAUCGACCAAUUCCGCAAGCGAAGUGGACUUAGCAGAUGAAGAGCAACACGCCAUUACACAAUAUUCACUUCCAAAACUCUUCUCAUUUCAUGUUAUCGACCAACUAGCCUUCUGAAUCGGCAGCCAGUCACUUAUUCGAGUACAAAAGGUAUUACUGAUAGUUGUGAAGCCACUACCAGUUAUUUAUUAUAACCACAUUACUUUUAUUGGGGUAAAAAAUCACGACUGAAGGAUUAACUUUCAAAUUCAUCUCCAUUUGGUUAUCUGGGCUUAAGGCUCGGGUCUGUUCAAGGAGUCAUAUUUCCUGAGUUACACUUUUAUAGUGAGGCAAUUAGGCUAUUUGUUUGAAGUCAUACUCAAUUUUGUGCAAAAUUAUUCCAUCUUUUUUUGGUACUAUGUUGGUUCUUUCUACUGGAAAUGUUGGUAAGAUUUCAGGUGGACAUCAUUUGCUGUAGUGCGCCGUUUUCUGCAGCCUUUUGCCAAGCUAAACAGAAGCGUAAUACAAUUUAAUGGCCUCGAUAAGUCAUCACAAAAAACGCCACCUCGAACACAGAAAUGAGCAAUGGAGUUUUGAGUACGCAUUUUGAGCUGCAAGAAAAAACUGCCUUGUCUUGCAAAUAAUUUCGUUGAACUCUUUGAAGUAGUUUCUUUAUAGUUUCUGUGAAGUAAGAUAUUUAAUAUAGUACAGUUUUUUGAAACUCGAUGUCUUAUUUUUGUCGAGUUUUUGGAAGGUGCUUAUUAAUGACCAUUAAUUGAUAUUGCGACCAUUGUGACCAUAAGCGGCCAUUGACGAAGUUGUUUUGAACUUGCAGUUAACUGUUUUUUUUUAGCUGAAGCUUUAUUUGGCCGUGUGCUAAACUAAACGUCUGUUAUUGGCUGUAAUUAUUUUAAUUUUUAAUCAGCAUUUCAUUAAUGGUGGGCGACUAUCGUGUUGUUUACUCUUGUAUUAAUAAUACAGGCUGAUAUUAUUAACUUGAAUGGUGUCGGAGUACAAAUGGAUAGUUAUUGUCAAUAUUUGUCUGUUCUGUCUGGUUUUAGGCGUUUAAUUGUGAAUUGAAUUGAUAAUUAAUGGAUAAUGAAUUGAAUUAACUUGAAUCAACAUUCGUCUGCAGGUUCGGUCUCGUCUCGUCUUGUGUCAAGCGCCAAUUUUGUGUAGUACUUUUGUGCGUUUUCUAUUAGACUUAUUUUUGAUAUAUUUCAGUUAUUUUGACUCAUUUCUAUUUAAAAUUGUCGUAAAAUAAUACGUCAAGCCUCAUACGAAGUUAUUUUUAAAUAUUUCUGACCUGUUUCAUUGCUGAUAAGAUUAACUAAAAUAGCUUUUUCAGAAUUCUUCUGCAAAAAACGUAAGAUUUCAGUAAAUUUGGCAUUUUCAAUGGCUAGUAGUUUAAUGAAGACGUCAAUGAAACAGAAUUCGUUUGGGUCAAAAUGUAAUCAUCGGCACUUGAUAAUAAAAUUUUGAAAUAUAGGCAGGCCUUUAAAUCUCUAGUAGAAAAGAUAUUGUUUUAGUGGCUUUAAUAUGUCAAGUGUCCAUGGUUAGAAUAAUUACCCUAGCGUUAUAAUUCUCUGAAGUGAGUUGAAUGUGUUUUGUCUUCCUCGUGAAAUUAUAUCAUUCGGAAUAAAAUCAAGAAAAGGCACUGAUAAGUAUUUUUUCUGUCUGCUUCGAUACUCUUCUGCUCGUGAACUAUUAUGCUGUUUGUUCAUUCAUUAUAAGAAUAGAAGCAGCGCUGUGUUUACUGUACUGUAUUGAGUAUUUAUUUCGAAGUAAUAGAUACACUGGGUCCACAUUUGAAUUGUGAAUAUUUUUACUAAA